GCUCUACAGGAGCGCCAGGGCAAACCAGAGUGUGCUAUACCAUUCUCCGAACAAAAUGGCGUCAUUCGCCUGCCAGUAGCUCGGAGCGGUUUUCCAGAGCGAACCGAGAAGCUCCCGGAGUACGUUCAUGUGAAUGGCUGGUCCUGCACCGAUGGAUUCAGCUUUGAAUGGCCGGACACGACGAUAGAUGUCUAAACAGAUCCGAUACACCGCGCUCCCCGUGAGCGGGGGGCGCAGCCGGUGGUCACCCCGUCGGGAAAAGACAUGCAUAGCAGCCAGGUACACCCUUGUGGUGAUGCUCUUCUGGGCGUUUUUCAUGCUUUACGCCCUCCGAGUCAAUCUUUCCGUGGCGAUUGUCGCGGUCGUGAAUCUGACUGCCCUCGAGAAAAAUCUCUUACCCACCGUCGACCCGCUACUAGAAACGUGUCCGAGGAACUCGAGCGUGGCCGCGAGCGGUCUCGUUUCGACGAGCCCCGAAUACGGCGGCGAAUUCGAUUGGGAUGAGAACACUCAGGGGAUGAUUUUAGGUGCAUUCUUCUACGGAUACGUGGUGACGCAAGUGCCUGGGGGACGUCUCGCAGAGCUCAUCGGUGCUAAAUGGCUCCUCGGAUGCGGCAUUUUCAUCACAUCCCUUCUCUCGAUCAUCACGCCGGCAGCCGCGCGUAUUGGAGGAGCGUACGGUCUCGUUCUAGUCAGGGUGCUGCAAGGAUUGUGCGAAGGAGUCGUGUUCCCAUCGUCGAUGGCCCUGCUCAGUCACUGGGCUCCGAAACACGAACGAUCUCGUAUCAUAUCGUACAAUACCAUCGGUACAUCGAUGGGCACAGUGGUCACUCUCAUGGUGACGGGUCAGCUCUGUUCUCACGAGAACGGAUGGCCGAACGUGUUUUAUCUGUUCGGCGGAAUCGGUUGUGUUUGGUUUGUCGUCUGGGCGCUCGUUGUUCACGAGAAGCCCGAAUCGCAUCCUUGGAUCUCAAAACAGGAGCUCAACUACAUCCAGAAGUCCCGAGGUUACAUAGCUGCGCACAAUGUCGAACUUCCAUGGAGAUCGAUUCUGACGUCCCCGGCGGUGUGGUCGCUGGCGGUGACGAUAUUCUGUGGGAAUUACGGCUUCUAUUUCCUCCUCAUCGAUCUGCCGAAUUAUCUUAGCGGGGUUCUACACUAUAAGAUCUCAAAUAACGGCUUUCAGAACGCUCUCGUGCAUCUGUCGUGCAGUCUGAGCAUGUUACUGUUGGCACCCGUCGCGGAUUCUCUGCGGAAGAAGCGACUGUGUCGAACGACGAAAAUCCGGAAAAUAUUCCAGGCCGUCGGCCUGCUCGGUCCGGCGGUCUGUCUUUCUCUAGUGCCUUGGGCCGGUUGCGAUCACUUGAAAGUCAUAACAUUACUCGUGACGGGAAUGUCUCUCUACGCUUUCACGGUCGGAGGUCAGAAUCCGAUGCCUUUAGACAUGGCCCCGAAUUUCGCCGGAACCCUCAUGGGAAUCACGAAUGGCUUCGGCAAUUUGAGCGGGAUGGCAGCGCCGCUCAUAACCGGCUGGGUUAUUCAACAUAACGACACGCUGACGCAAUGGCGGAAAUUGUUCCUCUUAGCGUCGGCCAUCUACUCCUUCGGGGCAGUACAGUUCGUAAUUUUUGGUUCUGCUGAACUUCAGCCGUGGGCGGCACCAGCGCCCAACGAAAAAGAGCUUCUCGAUGAAGAGAGCACCAACAGUGAUCAUGAAACGUUGCAUCUUACCUGAGCCGAUGAAGCGAACUUGCAUCGAAUGCUUUCGUGGGAGGCUGCAAUCGACAGCACCUUGUUGAUAGCUCUCACUGGAGAGCACCGUUGAUGAGCCGAUCGGAUAUGGGUAAACGUGAUAACAGAAGACGCAUUGGAUGAAAGACAUCUCUUCACCGAGAUGACUUUAAUUUAUACAAGCUCUUAUCUUGAUGAUUGCGUUGGCGGUUGAAAAGGAGAGACGAUUUUGUGAU